AUGAAAAUAUGUAUUAUAUCGUUAAAUCUAUUGUAUUAUAUUACAUUUUUACAUCGAUUCAAUGGUGCAGAAUCUCAUCCAACUUCGUCAAGCACCAGUCAAUCAACACCUGAAACAGCUGCAGUUGAUUCUGCAUCUACUAAUCCUCCUGUAACCGAUACUGUAACUCCUGUAACUCUUGAUAUCAGUAUAUCUAAGGAUACUAAUCAGUUCCAUUACAAGAAGGAUGGUAAUAUUAGGACAUACACACCUAAGGAUAACCAUGUAUUCAAUAAGAUUGUGAAGAAAGACGUUGAGAUCUGGACUGCUCAACCAGAAGAUCACGGACUAAAGACAGUAUUGAUGGGUUCUGGUAAUAAACCAAAACAUCUAGCAAUAUUACUCAAAAGUGGUAACUUUGUACUUCUACAUAAGUCAGGUAAGAACAAGCCUUGGAAUGAUCUCACUUCUGAGAAGUAUGAUCUUACAAAACUCAAGUUCCUUGGUGAGAAUGAUUCAGAACUCACUUCCUCUGACUACAAGGUUAUGUUAGAUGAUCUAUUAUUUACCUACUUAUUCAAUUCUGGAGUAGACUGCAGAAAGGUAAAGUAUGAUAGUGAUUUUGUUUGGACAUACAAUGAUGAUAAAAAUUUUCAAUCCUUAAAGUCACUUUCACUGGAUCUUCCUACAAACAGAUUCUUUGCCAAGAACUCCUCAGAUGAGUCUAAGGAACUGGAUUUUAAACCUAAAACUACUCCUCAAUCUGGUAGUUCAUCUACAACUGAUGCUUCACAAACUCAGACCCAAUCAUCACCCGAGUCAAAAACGACUCCUCAAUCUGGACGUACUACUCCUGAUACUGAUACUGUAGGUGGGACUGGUACUAUUACUACUUCUCAAAGCACUCCAACUAGUGGUACUCCUACUACUAUUACUACUCCAAGUGAAGGAUCUAGAGGUACUGAACAACAGUCCGCAAACUCAAAUGGAUCUCCGACAUCAUACGAUAAACUACUUGACCAGAACCUACAGAACCUGAAAAAAAAAUCUACUCCUCCAGAAACUAAACCACUCACUACAACAACUCAACCAACAACUCCAGUAAUUACUGAUUAA